AUGGUUAGGUUUUCAUGUUUCCAAGCUCACGUCCAUUGCCCCAAACCUAAGAAAACUCUUCAACCUUCAGUUGAAGCAAUGCAUAAAACAUUACAAGUUUGUUCUCAAAAUCAAGCUUUGAAGAACUCAUCUGGCAAAACAAGCUUAAACCUAUCACAGACAGAAGGAAUUUCUCAAGUUAAUAGCAGUUUAAAGCAUGUAUCUUCUCUUGAAGCUGAUUGGAAAUCAGGUGAUAUGGAAAGCAGCUUCAUUAAAGAAAGUGACCUCAAGGUUACUCAGACAGGGCGCAUUAUAAAGAGUAGGUCACUAGGAAGUGCAUUAUACCUGAAGGGGAGGGCUUCUGCUAACAAUGCCGCCGAGGAUGAGACUGAUCAAGGAAUUUCUUGUGAUGGUUCUCAGGAUCCCAAUGGAUUGGUGGUACCAGAUGGAAGUAGGGACAGAGGAGAGAGCACACCUGAACAAUGUCAGACAAGUCCUACAUCAGACUAUUGUCAGGUACGUUCUGGAAUUGUCAAUAAUGAAUCAAUUUUCUCAAUCGGAGAACCAUUACAUACAGAAAAGGAAGGCCCUGAAAAUUCUGAUACUCCACCAUCUGGAGAGUUUGGUAUUGACUCUGGUGACCAUACACCUCGUGCCCCACAAGGGCUUGUUAAAUCACAUUCUUUUGCAAACAUCAGUGCUUGUUCUCCGACUACCGAGGGGCAUUCUCCUAUUAACUGUUUACCAGUGCAUUCAAGAUCUUCUGAGGACCUACAUGUCUUAGGCAUACAACGGAAAGGGAUAUCAGUUCAUGAGUCUGAAAUUCAGGUAAUACAAGAAAAGGAUGAUGAUAUCGGGGGUAAAUCUGAGAACCGUAAUUUUGAAAACUCCAUUGAUGAUGGUUAUGAUUCCUGUAACUACUCUGGUUGUGCAAAGGACUGGAUAGUGCCAGCUACAGAUGAGGUACGCACGGAGAAAAACCUCCAAGGAGAAUCCUCAGUUCAAAGUUGGAAUGAAUUGCCAAGCAAGGAUUUUAGGGUUAAGCGCAUUGAGGAAUGGGUUAAUAAUCUUCAGCAUAGCAGCCCGUUGGAAGAAACAAAUGAAUUGCCCCAAUCUAAUGAUCAGGUGAAGAGAGACUCCAGUGAUUCAAAUGGUUUGGUUGCUGCUAAGACGGAUGCUAAAGUCACUCCUGGCAUGGAAGCUGCUAAAAGAUAUAUAUCUUCUUUGAGUGCAGCUGCCACCACAGCUCACCUGGCAAAUCAUGGACUAGUAGUGAUCCCAUUUCUUAGUGCUUUUGUAAAUCUGAAGGUGGUCAAUUUAUCUGGAAAUUCCAUAGUGAGGAUAACUGCUGGUGCUCUUCCUAGAGGACUUCAUAUGUUGAAUCUGUCGAAAAACAAUAUUUCUACCAUUGAAGGUUUGCGUGAACUCACAAGACUUCGUGUCCUGGACCUGAGCUACAACAGGAUUUUGAGAAUUGGACAUGGCCUAGCUUCUUGUUCCUCUCUAAAGGAGUUGUACUUGGCUGGAAACAAAAUCAGUGAGGUGGAGGGUCUUCAUCGCCUCUUAAAACUGACCGUUCUGGAUCUGCGUUUUAACAAAAUCUCGACAGCAAAGUGCCUAGGUCAGCUUGCAGCUAACUACAACUCCUUGCAAGCCAUCAGCUUGGAAGGAAACCCAGCUCAGAAGAAUGUUGGAGACGACCAAUUGAAGAAGUAUCUGCAAGGACUUCUUCCCCACAUGGCUUACUACAACAGGCAGCAGAUCAAGAAUGGCACUCUGAAGGAUGCUGCAGAUCGGUCCGUGCGGUUAGGCAUUAGUAACCACCAGUUUGAUCGUGGCCUUAGACCAGAUCACAAGGCUCCAAGGAAGGCUAGCCACGGUAUAUCAUCUCACAGGCCAUCAACUUCAUCAACUCACGGCCAUGGAAAUCAAUCUGUAGUGCCGCUGAAGAAGUCCAGGGCUCGUCAUGGGCACCUCCCUCCCAGUGGAACUAAAGCAUCGACACAUAGUCGACAUCACUACUUUGAUUUGGGCAGCAAACUUAUGAACCUCAAACAGGACCUCUCCAUGCGCAGGAGUCGGAGCGAGGGAACCAUGGCAGCUAUGUGA